AUGUCGAACCUCAAGAGGAAGGCAGCCACAAUAGGCAACGAGGCAGAGGCGAAGAAGCCAAAGGCGAACGGCAGCAUCGCGUCCUUCUUCGGGGCUGUCCCAAAACCUGCUGGUGCUAGUCCUGCGUCUGCUCCCUCCCCUGCGGCCAAGUUUGACAAGGCCAAAUGGGUCGAGAGCCUGACUGCCGAGCAGAAGGAGCUCCUUCAACUCGAGAUCGAGACGCUCCACGACAGUUGGCUUGCAUUGCUCAAGGAUGACGUGACCUCCAAGGAGUUCUUGGAGUUGAAGAAGUUCCUCAACCGUGAGACGGCCGCCGGCAGGAAAUGGUUCCCACCGAAAGAAGACGUGUACUCCUGGUCUCGUCACACGCCCUUCAACGAAGUCAAAGUCGUCAUCCUCGGCCAAGAUCCUUACCACAACGUAAACCAGGCCCACGGCAUGGCCUUUUCCGUCCGACCGCCCACGCCAGCGCCGCCAUCGCUCAGAAAUAUGUACAUCGCCUUGAAGAAGGAUUAUCCCAGCUUCAUCGAGCCAGCGAACCGAGGCGGCUUGCUGAUACCGUGGGCCGACCGGGGCGUACUGAUGCUCAAUACAUGUCUUACCGUUCGUGCGCACGAAGCCAACUCACAUGCCAACCGUGGCUGGGAGCGCUUCACACAAAAGGUCAUUGACCUUGUCGCCCAGAAGCGGACACGAGGCGUUGUCUUUAUGGCAUGGGGAACGCCAGCCAGCAAGCGAGUACAAAAGAUCGACAAGCAGCGCCAUCUCGUGCUCCUCAGCGUCCACCCCAGCCCGCUCAGCGCGUCACGAGGAUUCUUCGAUUGCGGUCACUUUAGGUUGGCAAACGAAUGGCUCAUCUCUCGAUAUGGCGACGAUGGCGAGAUUGACUGGGCGUUAAGGCCCGGAAAUACGACCAAGAAGACGAUCAAAGAAGCUCUCAAAGAAGUCAAAGAAGAAGAGAAAUCUAAAGCCGUCUCAACGGAGACUGCCAAGGGAGAAGCGACCGCUAAUGACGAUAUCAAGACGAAAAAGCCCGAAUCGAACAGCGACGAGGACGAUGUUGAUUCCGACGAGGAGGCUGCCUUGGAAGAGGCGCUCAAACUUGCAGAAGAAAAGAUCAAGAACUAG